AUGUUAAAAGAUAUACUGAUUUAAAAAUCACUAUUCUCAUUAGUCACCAUAAUUGCUUUAGCCUCUUGCUAUUAAUUUAAUGAAGAAUUACUAAUUCCCAGCUCAUACCCUUUAGAAUCAACAAUUAGAUAUGACAUAGGGGAUUUCAUUUCUUUUGAAUUUUGGAGCUUCUAUAUUACAAAUUGGAUCCCUCAAUCCUAUCCUUAAGUUGAAUAAAAAAUAAACUUUGAUAAACCAAAGCAAUAGUUGCUAUUUUUAAUGAAAAGUUUAGAUGAUAAUCAAGUAUUAGCAUUUAUGUAUACAAAUGUAAUUACAAAUACUUAUGUGGUUCAUUCGCUCUUUGUUGAGGAUAAACUGUCUUAAAUUGCAUAUGAUCCUAAGGAUUAUGAAGGAGUUUGGAUAAUCACUAUUAUCACCCUAGAAUAUGAUUCUCUGAUUUAUGAAACAGUAGGAAGUCUCAAUAUUAAUUAUAAAUUAUUAUAUCUUAAUUAAGCCAAACCUAAUUCAGUUGAAUUUUUGGUUGGAGGAACUGGAGUUGUAAGAUAUAUCAAUAUUUGUAGAUAAAAUAGUAAUAUGAAUUAGGAAUAUUUCGAGGAAGAUUAUCCAGGAUUUUUAUUCAAGAAUAUUAUAGAUACCCUUGGGAUAUAUAUGAUGGAACAAUAUAUUGGCUAAGAUUAAACGAAUAUGAAAAAAAAAUAAAUAUACUUCCAGGAUUAGCAUAUUUUGAUGGAGUUAUUUAAAAAGAAUUUGAAUUUGAUUAAUUUGGAAGGAAAUUCUGCUUAUUUGGUUGGGCAAAAUAUUAUUCUUAAGAGGCAUACUAAUUAACAUAGUAUUUAUUAGUUAGACUAACAAUAUUUAAAAAUUACAAAGAUGAAAUAAAUAUAGGAGAUGAAAUUGUAAAGAUAAUAGUUAAUUUGGAUUUAUCAAAUUAAAAUAAUUGUGGAUAUGAUGUUAUAUCACACCAUUAUUUUAUGCCAUAUCCUAUUUCUAUAGAAAAAUUGGCAACAAAUGAUAAAAUUACUUUGAGAUAAGAUUUACCAUAUUUUUAAUUAUUAACAAAAUGGCAUUUCAUUUCAUUUGAAUAUGGAUUAGAAGAAUAGAGAAGAAAAUCAUAAUUUAGAUUAAGCUAUUAUGAAAAUUAACAGUUAAUUACAAAUUCAUAUCUAAUGGGAGACUUAGUAUACAGUAACUUAUUUAUUAAUACAAAAUAUUAUGCGAUAUUUGGAGGAGAUUAUACUAUUUAUAAAAAAUUGAAAGGACAAUUAGCUGACUUUAAAUUUUUCUCAAAUUAUUAAUAUGAUUUAAAUCUAAAUUAUUGUAUUAUAAUGAGAUAUAUUUAGAUUGCCAUGAUAAUUGUUAAACUUGUUACGGUCCCUUAAACAAUAAUUGUUUAUCCUGUUACGAUGAUAGGGGAAGAGUAUUUCUGGAAGAAUAUCAUCAAUGUGUUUGUCCAAUAGAUUAGAUAGAAAUAAAUUAGAUAUGUAAAUCUUAUUCUGACCUAUUUCCUUCAUUAAUCUAUGAUGAAAUUAGUUUAGAUGUAUCAAAUUCUGAUUGUCCUUUUGGAUAUUUUUAUCUACCAACCAAUUAAUAAUGCAUAUAAUGGUAAUUAUUGUUAAUAAUAUAGUCCUCAAUGGAAUUCAUAUAAUUUAUAUUGUAUAGAUUGUCUAUUGAAUUCAAAAAAUUGGUAUAUUAAACCUAUUUGUACUAAGGAUUUCAUAACUUAACAAGUAUCAUAAACAGAUGAUGCUUAUACACAAUAAGAUAGAUCUGUUUUAGAUUAUGAUCUUUAUAAUAUUGAUGAUAGUUAUAAUUUGAAUUUAAUAGAAGGAGUAUAUGAUUAUUGUGAUAUAACAGAAAUAUAAUUUGAAAAUUGUUUUCAGUUAGAUGUUAAUCAUUUAUCAAGUACAGCCUUUGGGUUUUGUAAAGAAAAUCGUUAUUAUUAUAACUUUAAAUGUAAGUUAUUAGAUGCAGCAUGUAAAAAAAUAAAUUAAAAUACAUAAAAAUGUACUGAAUGUUUGAGUGGAUAUUAUCUAUCAGAUGAAAGUUCAUCUUGCAUUCUAUGUCCAAAUUCUUGUCCAAAUUGUCUUAGCUUAACUGAAUGUUUAUCUUGUUAAACAGGUUUUGGACUGAUUAACAAUUAAUGCUAAAAAUGUGGCAAUUUUUGCAAAGUUUGCUAAUAUUCUAAUGAAUUAGAAAUUAUGGUUUGCUUAAGCUGUUUAGAUAAUUAUUUUUAUUACUUAUCCUUGAAUUCUUAGGAUUGUAGAAUUAAUGAAUUAACAAAUUGCUUAAUUGCAUUUGAAAGUUCUGAAUCAGAUCCUCAUAUAAAUUCAUUAGAUUAUAUGUUUAGACCUUAUUCUGGUUUGACGUUUACUAAAUGUGCAAAAUGUAUUGAUGGCUAUUUUUUUGAUGAACUUUAUCUAGUCUGUCUUGAGGGAAAAUAGAAAAAUUGUAAUUAAUUUUAUCUUUCGAAGUAAGGAGUAUUCAAUUAACAGGUAUGCUUAUAUGGUCCUUAUGAUUCAAUGGUUAUGAUAUAUUCAUUUGUUGAUGAAUGUCCAAGAAUGAAAUUAAACUGUUAAUACUGUGUAGUUGAAUAAUUAACAUCAUACAUUGUGUAAAAUGAGAGAAUCCCAAAAAAAGUUUCUUACUCUUGUCUUGUUUGUCAAAAUGGUUAUUAUGCUCAAAAAAAAACAGGAUAAUGUUUAUCGUGCCCAUAAGAUUUACAUUGUUUAAGUUGUUUUUAGUAAAACAAAAUUUCUAAAGAUAAUUGGAAAAAUGAUAUUCGAGCUUUUUAUAGAGCCUCUAUAGAUACUGAAUUUUUUUAGCAUAAAUUUACUGAAUAUGGAAUAAGUCAAAAUGAUAUAGAUUAUGAAAUCCUUUGUACAAUAUGCUAAGAAGGAUAUGAACUACAUGAAAAUCAAUGUAUUGAAAUUUGUCCAGAAUCAUGCUUAAAAUGUAUAUUGUAAAAUAAUAAAAAUAUUUGUAUUAAAUGUCCCUAAGGAUUAAAAAUUAGAAAUAGAACUUUGAUAAAUAACCAAUGUAUUUCUUGCCCAAACAAUUGUAAUUUGUGUUAUGAAAGAGAUAAACAAGAUGUACAUUCUAUUAAUCCACUUUUUAAUAAUGAAGAAUUCUCUAAUUACUCAUAUUAUUGUAUAUCUGGAUCCAAUGGCUAUUUUGAUUAGGAAUUAGGAAUUGAUGCUGAUUGCGAAUUUGGUCCAUGUAUUAAAUCAAUUGUUUUAAAUUUAAAUUUAAUUUGUAAUAAUGAAGAAUACUACCAAUAAUUAAAUUCAUUAGAAACAGAAGAAUAAAAAAAAUCAUUUUAACACUCAAAUAUUUUGAGUGAUCAAUUAUUUUCCUCAUCAAGUUUUUCUUAAGUAAUAAUAAUAUUAAUUAAUUUAGUUUGAGACUUAAGAAUUUUACCUAUUAGCUAAUUAGAAAUCAAUUAAAUAAAUUUUGAUAAAAAUUACCAGUCAAUAACAUUAAACAUGUUCUGUUCUUGAUAAAUAAUAGAUUUCUUAGAAUUUUAGUUCCAAUAUUUUCACAGCAAUGUAAUUUUUGUAAUUUAACUAAAUUAGAUAGGUUGAACUUGAAAUUUUUGGAAAUGAUUUUACAACUUUUUAAUUUUAACAAUAAUUAUUAAUUGUUAAUUUUAAAAGAGUGCAUAUCGAAGGGAUUAAAAUUGAUAUUGAUUUUUUUACAUAUGGUCCAAGUAUACUCAAGUUUAAAAGUGCAUUUGAACAAACCAUUUAAUUAAUUAAUAUUCUCUUUUGGUAAGACGAUCCCAGAAUUACUUUUUAAACUAUUAUGCAAAAUGCAAAAAAUGUUUAUAUUUCAAACUUUAUUGUCUAAGAUUGCUCCAGAUAAUUUUAUAUUGAGUAUUUUAUUAAAAUAGAAAAAAUACAAUCAAAGUAAACUGUAAAAAUAGAGAAUUUCAAUGUUAUUUAUAGUUAAUUUUGGGAUUUACAUUUUUUUUGGUUUGAUCUCAAAAAAGAUGAUUUAGUAGAAUUGAAUUAUAUAUAUAUUGAGACAUCACUUUUUAAUAUGGGAUUUAUAAACUAAACUAAUGGUGAAUUGAGAAUUUUCUAAAUGAAGAUUAGUUAUUCUGAUUUUUAUUCUAAUAAUGGCUUGUUUUUAAUUAAAAAUUUAUAAUACUUCAAUUUUGAUUCAUUAGAAUUUAUUUCAAAUACAGUACACUAUGGUAAAAUAAUCGCUAUUAAUAAUUAUUCAGAUUUGAUGAAUUUAAACUUUAGCUUAAAUUAGUUUAAAGAUGGUGCAUAGUUAAUUGUUAAUGAUAAAGUUGAAAUUUUUUAUAUCUAUAUUGGGAACCUUGGAUUCUAUUUAAAUAAAUAUCAUGAAAAUGCAAGAUUUAUAAAAUUUACUUAAAAUAUAAUACCUAAUAGGGAAUUAAUAAUAAACCAGCUAUCAAUAGUUGCAAACAAAUUUAUUUAACAACCGUUACAAACAGUUUUUGAUAUUUUAGAAAUGAGUUUAAUUUAUUUAGAUGUAAUUUCAGUUAAAAUUGAUCAUUUGAUCAUUCAAAAAGCUUAUGGGAUUCAAGAUAUAGUUAUUAUAAAUUCUGAAAAAUUAAUAUUAAAGUAAAUAGAAAUUUAACAACAUGAAAAUUUUAAAUUUAAAGGAAUUCAUGAAUUAUUUGAGUGUUUAGAAUAAUCUAUUAUUAAUGAAUACUAUUAUCUUUCAAUCAGUAUUUAUGAUGUGCCUAUAAUUGAAAUCACAAAUUUAAUAAUUUAAAAGGCUGAAUCAAUUAAUUACCCUAUAAUUGAUAUUAAAACUUCUAUUUUAAAGACUAAAACGAAAAAUAUCAUUCAGCUUUCAGAAUUGCAUUUUAAGGAAAAUCUAAUUUUGAUAACAAAUAAAAUUAAAUAAGCAUCCCUAUUUUAAAUAUCAUCUGCAGAAGAUUAUUAAAUAGAAAUUAAGAAUUCAAAUUUUGAAAAAAACAUUAUGCAUCAAUAUAUUUAAAUCGAUUUAAGUAAUUCAGGCCUUUUAUUUAAUUUUGAUUGUUAGCAUUGUACCAUACUUUUAAUCGAUCUAAAUUUUACACAAAAUAUUGCUAUAAACACUUUCAAUAGUAUUUUUUACAUUUAGGCAAAAUAUUUAUCAAUUUAGAAUUCUAUUUUUGUUUAAAAUAGCUAAUUUGAUUAUUUAAUCUUAUAGCCUUAUCUAUAUUGGGGUUUCCAAGAAGAUCAGGAAAUAUUUUUUGAACAAAUUCAAGAAAAAUUUCCAAUAAAAGUCUUAACUGGAAAUGGGAAAAUAGUUUGCUAAGAAAUAUUUAUAAGGAAUGUUUCAAUAUCUAAUUCUACUGGUUCUGGAUUAUAUAUAAUUUUAGAAAAAGAAGCCUCAUUAAAAAUAUAUGAUACAAAUAUUAGUAGUUUAAGCUCUAUAUAUUAGGAUGAUAAUGAAGAUGGAGGAGCCUUUCUAAUUGAUACAUCAAUAUCAUCUUCUACAAGUAUAUACCUUUAAAAUGUUAAUGCUUAAGAUAUAUUUUGUCGAAAUCGAGGAGGUCUAAUUUUUAUAUAAAGUGGAUUAGGAAAAACUAUGAUAAAUUUACAAGAUAUUACCAUAAAAGAUGUGUAUUCAUUGAAAGGAUCCAUCAUAUUUUGUGAAUUUUCUGCAUCCACAAAAUAGUCAUAACAAUUUGUGCUUAAUCAUUUAGAUAUGACAAAUUCAAUUUAAGGAUACUUAAGAUUUCUUAACAGAUUUAGUAUAACGAAUAGUUAAUCACUAAUAUAAUUAUAAUUUGAAAGAAGUUUAUUUGAAUUAGCUUAUGCCAAGUUGAUUAGUAUAAAAAACAUUAUUCUGUUUUCAUUAAAUUAUGAAUCACUAGCUAUUAUAUCCCAAACAUCAAACUUAGAAAUCUCAAAUUUGAGAAUCUCAAAUUCAACUUUUUUGAACUCAUUCCUUACAGUUAAUUCAAUGAAGAACUAAUCUAAAUUAAGGUUAGUAGAUUUUUAAGUUAUCAAUGCAGAGAUAUAACAUUAAAUCCCUAUUCUAGAAAAAUGUAUUCAGAAUUAAGCUUUUGAUUAAAUAAAAUAGAUUUGCUCUUAUGAUAAUAGUUUAAAAGAAUCCCCUAUUGAUUUGAAGUAUUUUAAAAAUUAGGAUAGUGUUAGGAAUGCAUAUUGUAUAAUUUAUCAAAUGAAUUUACAAUAAAAAAAAUAGAUAUCUAGUCUAUUAGAUAUUUUUCCUUAAAAUUCAUAAAUACAUAUUUCAAAAUUGCAAUUAAGAAAUAUUAAUUGUACAAUUUGUUAAAAAGGGCUGGUAAAUGUUAACAUUUAUGAUAAUCUAAGUAUGUUCGUAAUGAAUUCAGUGAAUUUUUAUGAUAAUUAUUGUGGAAAAUAAAGUUGCUUAAAUAUAGUAAAAUCUUUUUCAACCUACAGAAUUUUGCAGUCUUUAAUUUACAUCAUCAAUGAAAAACAAUAUGAUGUUAAAUUACAAAAAUUUUAAUGCAUUAGAAACUUUGCAAACAAAGGUACAUGUCUCUAAAUUUAGGAUAUCAAAAUAUUAAUAGAAGAUUCUAUUUUACAAAAUAAUACAGCAGAAUAAUAAGGUGGAUCUAUUUAUGUUAUUGGCCAUAAAAGUUUUUUUAUUUUGAACUCUGUCAUCUAAUAUAAUAAAGCUAUAUUUGGUGGAGGAUUGUUCUUAAAAGAUUAGAUUUCCUAAAAUGUAAUUUAAUAAGAAACAAUAAUACAUGAAAAUAUUGCAGCUCAAUUUGGUGAUAAUUUUGUUUAGCCUCCUUGUUAAUUAUCAGUUUCAAUUGAUUUAAAAAAUUAGUUACCUAAAAUUAAAAUAAUAGAGAAGGAUAACCUUUUAGUGGAAUAAAUUUAAAUUGGAAAAUAUUAAUUAUUUGUUAAUAAUUAUUCUAAUAUAUUAUAUGUUCCUAAUGGAUAAACUAUGUCUCAAUACUAAUAUUUUGAUUGGAGGAAUUAAGUUUAUAUAGGAUAUAAUUUGCAUCUCAGAUUAAUACCUUUAGAUGCUUACAACAAUGUCUAAGAAAAUUUAAAUAAUACUGAAUGUUUAAUAAGCGGUCGGUUACUAAUCGAAAAUGAAGAUUAAAAUUUGACUGAAAAUUUCACUGAAAACUUUACUAACUUUAAUUCAGUUUUAUUUAGUAAGUCUGAUUACAACUUUGAUAAUAUCACUUUUUUCUUAGAUGAUUAAUUAAAUAUGACUCUAUAAAUUUAAUUUCAUUGCAAUUCAAUUUUCACUCCUAUUUAUGGUAAAGCUCAAGAAAUAUUAGGUUAUCAUAAUAACUAUUUUUUAAGAAUGAACAUUAAAUCGCUACCUUGUUAAUUAGGAGAAAUAAAAAGUCUUUUUGAUUAUACUUGUGUACUUUGUAAUGCUACUUAAGGUUUGUAUUCCUUAGUUCUGAAUUCAAAUACUUGUUCUUAAAAAGAUGAUGUUACUACAAGUGAAAUUAAAUCAGCUUAGUUAAAAUUAAAGCAUGGUUUUUGGAGACCUUAUUUUGAUACUGAUGAAAUUAGCCAAUGUAUCAAUUUACUUUAUAAUUGCAAUGGCGGAUGGAGUGAAGGCGAUACAUCUUGUUUUUAAGGUCAUAUUGGAGCAUUAUGCGAAGAAUGUGACAUAUAUAACAUAAGAGGUUUCGGACAUUUUUCAACAAGUACCAAGUAUUCAUGUGGCUCAUGUGUUGAAUAGAGUAAAAAUAUUUUUGUUAUCACAGGCAUUAGCUUAUGGUAUAUAUUUUCAUUAUUUUAAGGACUUUAAUAUCGAUUUUAAUCACUGUUAGGAGUAAUAUUUCAUUAAAUGAACAAAUGAUGUUGAAACGAGUAAUUUCAAGAUUAAUUUCUUCAAGAGUUUAAUAUCAUUCGAAUUUUGGAAUUUUAAUAAAAAUGAUUACUAAUCACCUUUAAAUACUCUCAGUUAUUUUUACUUUUAAAUUCUCCUCAUUAAUUAGUAUUGGUAAUGUCAUUAAUGCUAUAAGCAAUCCAAUACAAACAAUGACACAUUCUCUUGAUUGUUUUUUAAAGGAUAUAUUUGAUUUCGAAAUUCAUUAUUUAAUAAUUUUAUGGCAAAUUAUCAUGCCCUUCAUAUACAUAUGCAUAUUUUUAUGUAUCUACAGCUUUGCUUUAAUCAUUUUAAAGCUUAAAUUUAAUUUGAAUGUAAUAACUACAACUCUAAUAUAUAUGUACAUCUAUCUCUAACCAUAUUUGGUUGGAGCAUUGAUUUCACUUAUCUCAUAUCGGUAAAUCUCACGAUUUCUUUGGAUUUAAGCCAAUGUUUCUUACAGAUAUGACACUCAAAUACAUUAUUAAUGGUUAUUAAAAUUUUGCAUACCAAUUUUAAUCCUUAUUGCAUUAACUAUUCCAUUAUAUUUCUUUAUUUCAUUGUAUGUUAAUUAAAAUACAUUAAAUAAAAAAAGCACAAGAUAAAAAUGGGGAUAUUUAUAUAAUGAAUAUGUGCUUGAAGCUUAUUAUUGGGAGGUAAUUAAAAUUGUUUUCAAAGAAUUACUUAUAAUUUUCGUUUCAUAUUAUGAAGAGAAUGUUGUAAAGAAAGGAAUCCUUUUGUUGUCAUUAGUGUAUAUUUAUUAAGAGCUUAGUUAAAAAUAUCGGCCUUAUAAAUCAUUCAUUUUAAAUAAAUUAGAUGCAUAUUCAGCAAAUGUAUGUGGUAUAUCAAUAGCUGUUGGAAUAGGGAUUUAUAUUGAUUAACAAAGUUAAACUUAUGAAAUAUAAAUACCUUGUUUAAUUAUUCUCAUUAUGCUUAAUUUUCAAUAUAUAAUGAAAAUUUUUAAAGAAAUAGUAACUUCUUUUGUCGAAGAGAAUGCCCUUUUGAUAGAUAACAUUAAAGAUACAAUUCUCAUCAAGAUACCAUAAAUAUAAAAAUAUAAAAUCUUUAAAAAAAUAUUGUAAAAUAGAGGUGUUUAAAAAUAAAGAACAUAAAUGAGAUAUCUCAAAUUGAAAAAAUAUUUAUUAGCCAAAGCAAAAUAUAUGAUCAAAUGCUAAAAUAAUUAUGGUGUCAAAAUAUCAAGUUCAACCAAAUCCAUAAAUUGA